UCUACCUACCUUAACUGACAUACUUUGGAACCUUUGACAGUUAGCAUGGUAGCAAGAAGUUGCUAACUAGCAGUAAGUCCUUAGAUAACAUGUCCGUAAACUAGUCAGCACAAAGUUAAAAGUACGGAGGGUUUUUGCAGCUGUAGUUUGCGAACCCCUCACGGUCCGACGAUGUUUUCAUCAGUCUGGAAUUUUGUUAAACGCCACAAAAGGAAAUUUAUUUUCACUGGAGCUGUAGUUGGAGGAGUGUACUUUCUGGGUAAAUAUGCCCAGAAGAAGAUCAGAGAUAUCCAGGAGAAGGAGGCCACCGAGUACAUCGCCCAGGCCAGACGACAGUUCCACUUUGAAAGCAACCAGAGAACCUGCAACAUGACCGUGCUGUCCAUGCUCCCUCCACUGAAAGAAGCCAUCAUCAGUCAACUAAAUUCAGAAAGCCUCACUGCACUACUCAAGGCUAAACCGGCCAACAAGCUGGAAAUCUGGGAAGAUUUAAAGAUCAUCAGUUUCACCCGCACCAUCGUGGCGGUGUACAGCACCUGCAUGCUGGUGGUUCUCCUCCGAGUCCAGUUGAACAUCAUAGGAGGAUACCUGUACCUGGACAACUCUGUAGGCAAGAACAACGUGACGCCUCUGGCUCCCCCAGACGUCCAGCAGCAGUACCUGUCCAGUAUCCAGCAUCUACUGGGAGACGGUUUGACAGAGUUGAUGACCGUAGUGAAGAAAGCGGUACAGAACUCACUGGGAGGCGUGUCUCUGAAGCAGAGCCUGUCUCUGCUGGAGUUGGAGCAGCAGCUGAGCUGGAUCAGGGCGGAGGUGGAGGCCGGCUCCGAGCGGCCGAUGUCCUGGUACAUGCUGGCUGACGAUGAGAACGCGCUCUCCGACCAGGCAUGCGGGCUGACGGAAAACGAUGUGGGGACCAUCCGACUGUUAAACGAGACUAGAGACAUGUUGGACAGUCCAGACUUCUCCACGGUCCUAAACGCAAGUUUCAACCGGGGUUUCUCUCGUCUCCUCGACAACCUGGCUGAGUUCUUCCGCACGCCUCCCUGUGACUCCGCCCCCAGCUCUGCACCUGAUAGCUUGUCUGCAGUCAGUCUGCCGCUGGCGAAGAUCAUCCCCAUCGUCAACGGUCAGAUCAACACCAUCUGCAGUGAGACUCCCAGCCACUUUGUUCAGGAGCUGCUGAUGAACGACCAGGUGAAGGAGUUUGCGGCCAACGUCUACGAGACCUUCAGCACGCCACAGGAGCUGCAGAAAUAAUCAGCCAAACAGGAGGAGAAGGAGGAAGAAAAUAAGGAUGUGCACAGCAAUGAUAUAUCAGCCCUGGACUGUUCAUCCCUCCUUCCUUUCUGUGGAACACGUUUCUCCUCCAAAUCCUGCUGACGUUGACUCUGUGACGGCGGGGAUUCACGGCAGAAGUGUCCACGUCACAGCAGCGUCUGUGUUCCCUCGCGUGACCACGGCCCUUCUGGAUCAUUGAGCUGACGGAGGGACAAGACACUCGCACCGGGUUUGGAGUCACAGCGGAGCCUGUGCCUAACGCUGCAACACUGCAUCCUGGGAAUUGGAGUCUUAUUUAACCUGAUCAUAUGGUUUUAUUUACCCUUAAGAGGUGGGAAACGGACAGGAACAAGCACACAGAGGCUGUCAAAGUGUGGCGAAGGACCACUCACGAUGUUGGUAUUACUGAUUUUAGGAUUAUUUUCCCCCUUCUCUAUCAGCAGUGGUGAGUGUUUUGAGUCUGUUUACAUUCUAGCUGUUCCUCUGCACCCAGGGUUUCCUUUUCUCUUCUUUUUUCUUCUCACAAAUUAAUCCAGGUGGUAGAGGGAUGUGAUGGACCGAUGUGGGCUGAUGCGUAUGUUUACAUGCACACCAAUAUUAUACUAUUAUUCCCAAUUUGAGACCGGUCAUGUGAACAGCAUGUUCCGGUUGGAUAUUCUGAAUAAGGCCUUUUUCCAAAUUUAGAACUUUCCGAUUAAGACGUGGGAUAUUCUUGUAUUAUUCUGGUUUUAGAAGGACUCCUUGGACAUGUUUACAGCGUCUCAAUCUUAAGUUUAUGGCCUCUUGCCUGUUCACGGCUCAUGGUCAGCUCAUGUGCGUUGCUAUGGUUUCUGUACACAAACCAACCAACCAACACUUGGCAAGGCUGCACACCCGAUAAGAAGGAGAACACAGCUUUGGGUAUGCGCAUACAUCGCUACGGCGACCAUUUUCAGAAGCUGGUUGAAGGAAUGAAAGAGGGACGCUGUGUUCACACGGCCUAACAAGUCCUCCACCGCGGCUACACGUUAACGGGAAUAGUAGUAGACUAUUCACUUUAACUAGCCAUGGAAACAGCUAAGUCCAAAUGACGUCUUUUUUUGGAAUAAGGGCAAAAAACAGAAUAUUAUGUGCAUGUUAACAUAGUCGGUGAUUUUUAUUUUGUGUGCUAAUUAGUGGGGUUUUUAAAAUUUGAAAGAAAAUAUAAUUAGAUUUUUGCAUUUCCUUCUCUUAAAGACGCAGUUUAAAAUGUCAUAUAGUGUUAAUAAUUAUUCUAAAAUAAAUUUGUAAUCAAGCCGGCAACUUAUCAGAGGUGGUCAACAUCUAAGUUUAAAAAACAAAACACAAUUAUUAAACAAACUCAUCAGUCCAACUGAAGUUAUGUGUAGUUGCUGUUUUUCCAUCCAAAAGACAACCACACAGCAGUUCAUCUCUUUUUGUGCAGUCAGAAACAUAAGACAAGCAGACUUGAAAAUGUUCUGUUUUCAGUUUUCACGUCAGUGUUUACGAGCACGUAGAGUUUAAAUCCUGUUUGUCCCAUGCAGUACCCUUUUUCACCCAGAAGGUGUCACUGUUAGUCAGCUGGAGUGAGAAUCCCUCUGCUUUGCCCUCUUCCUGUCUUAAUAUGAAGGGCUUCAGUCC